CUGGCGGCGAAGUUUCGAGCUAUCUUUGUCGCUAUUUCGGUCGCUUAGGGUUGGAAACUCGGUCAUAGUGAUCGCCUCGAGAUAUACCGUCUGGUAGGGGAACCUUUACAUUAUUGCGCGGUGUGCGAGUUCUACACCACAACAAAGCUUCGGCAGCCAGCACUCAAUUGACAUCACCGAACGCAUUGGGUCUCUCACCAACUUCUCGCCAAUUCGUCCGGUAUCUCGGUCAUUGGAGAGCCAACAGGGUAUCUCUACCUCGUUUUUCGAAAACACAUCUGCGGCUCAUGCCCCCGCGCCGACGUCCGCCUCCUGCGGGGGCCCGGACUGACCUCCCACCUCUCAAGAUUGUCCGGAAGAUCGCCCUGCUUCAAAGUGCCUUCUAUGUCUCCGCAACGGCGCUCAUCCUGUUCACCACGCUAGUCUACGGCACCCCAUUCUCACUGGAUCUGGUCCUGAAUUGGAGUGCGUUGCGGGGAGAUACUACCGUUGGGUGGAUGCUUGGGUUGGUGUGGAUGUUGAAUAGUGGAAUAGGGGUGAUCUAUCUUCUUUUACUUGUGUCGCGCUCGAAACUCAUCCCCGACUUUGCACUCACGAUACACUUCCUACACCUGAUGAUCACUGUCCUCUACACUCGCUCAGUGCCCUCAAACUGGCUCUGGUGGGGUCUCCAGUGCGCCAGCGCCACCCUCAUGACAUUUCUGGGAAUCUGGGCGUGUCGCUGGCGGGAGCUGCAGCCGAUUAGUUUCGGGGGUAACACCGCGGGGCGUUCGACGACAGGCUCGUCUCAACCUCAAGCUGAUGGCGCCGACGAGUCGUUCUCUCUGUCGCGCGGUCGGGGACGAGGACGCAACCUUCCGAAUGGGGGCGAUGAAUACGAGAUGGCCUCAAUGAUGAAGACUGUUGGUGAUCAAGCCGUGUAGCCUGUCGCUUUCCUUUCUUUCAUUUUAUCUCUUUAGGGGGGGGUGCAUGUGCUCAUCACUGUUAUAUUCAGCGAUUCUCUAGCAGAUGUUUUCUUUUUCUUUGCCAUUCGUGUAUACCCUAACUGGCCGGUACCUGUAUAGAUGGCGUUGAUGUGGCGGUUCCUGUCUCUUGCAUUUGUCUAUUUUUUCUUUGUCUUAUAUACACUUUACUUCUUGAUGUUUGAAGCAUUCAGUCCGGUUAUAUGGCAUCUGUGGGAGCAAGUGGUUCAUAUACUUUCGUUUGAGG